GCUGGUGAAUGCGUGGCAGUCAAGCACACUAGUGCCAAUCGGCGACCGCCGCUAAUCGCUGCGAGUUCACCGAGUUCACCGUCUGCCGCACUAGAAAACCUUAGAAUUUAUCACGAAAACAUGAUCGGGUAACUUUCAUAGGACGGGCGAGGAAGGAGCUCACUCUCGAAGCACCAACACUCGAUGACGUCAUUCCACUAGCGGCAACAUGGAGCCCAAAACGCGAUAGGACGCGGGCUCGAGAGACUCGAGUUAGGUCGCGCUCGCUUCGAGCUGUCCCUCGAGUUAACCUCAAACCGCUCGGCCGUUACUCGCGAAUACGCGAACCCUUCGAUCACCACCGGCUGACAACGACCGACUCUCCCGUGCACCGACACCGACACCGACACCGACACCGACACCGACACCGACACCGCACCGACACCUCUCCUUUCUUUUCUUUUCUCUCUUCUCUUUCCCUCCUCUUUUUCUUUUCCUCUCUUUCUCGCUUUCUCUCGAGGCUCCGCGCUGCGAAGCACACCACCGUCCGCGACUAGAAUUCACUUCGGUCCGCUCCUUUUUCCACGUGAUUUCCGAGAGGCCGCUAACAGAGGGCAGUCGCGUGCGCGCCCCCCACAACCGCGAUUCCUUCACUGCGGGAAACCAGAGAUUCGAAAUCGAAGCUGCGCGUCGCGCUACCUCCUUCGCUUUUCCAACAGAGGACGUUGUCAGGCGACCGGAUGGACCCGAUGGGUUGGUCGUGCCGCGUCGUCGUGAGUCGUCACCAAUCGUGUCGGGUCGUUUUUCCUCGCGUCCCGUCGUGUUGCGCCGCUUCGACAACGCCACCGUCGCCUACUUUUCCUAACCUCGCUUUCUAUCGUAUGCGGCGACUCAUUUCUUCUUCGCGCACACAGCACCAGUUUGUCCUACGAUACGCAAUUCUCGUAUCUUUUGAUAUCGUUCGAACACGAUUCUUCAGCUCGCAUUUGUGUUCGCAUUAGCGUUCGCGUUCACUCGUGCUUGUAUCGUAUCUUUUUCGAGAAACCUCGGAAUCUCUGUGAUCGCCGACCUAACAAAACGUUCGACACGACUGGCCCGUGCUGAUCGACUCGUUCGCCCACUUUGCUCUGUGAACGCGCGCGCGCGCGCGGCUACGCGAUCGCGCCACGACCAAAAUAAUCGCUUCCUCGAUCGACCGUCGACCACGACCUUGCGCCAUUCCGUCGCGCGGCGCGCCGCGUUCGGACUCGUCUCGUUCCCUCUGUCUUGCCGAAACCUACGACCAAUCACCUCUGGAGAUGCCGACAUCACCUUACGUCUCUCGAAUCAAUCAGAUUGAUGCGGUGCAGUUAGACGAAGAAAUCUACAAAGUGCUUAGGAAUCAAGCCAGGGAAAUCGGCAAGUAUCAACAGAUAGAGAAGAUCGAUCGAUGGCAGCCCGAGAUCGACGCGCUCCUCAAAUUUUUCAUAUGGAAUUUCUCGCUGCGCCACGGAAAAUCGACAUUUGGUCAACAACUGCUCAAUUUGCAUUACGAAAACAUUACAAGCGCAAAGUCCAUUCUCUACAUGCUUUCAACGAUCGGCCCGGCGUAUGUACGAGAUAAACUCGUCGAUAGUGGCGCGAAUCGUCGUUUCACCAUUUUACUCGAUCGUGUCGCGAACGUCUUGAAGCUCUGCGAGUUUAUAAACUUGUUGAUCUUUUUGCAUCGUGGGACACAGCCUCGUAUCGUCGAAUAUAUACUCGGAAUCGCGAGUUCUUCCACAACUGUUCACAAACCGAGAAACAUCGGCUACUCGUACAUGACCAGAGAACUGCUAUGGCACGGUUUGAUGGAAUUGUUUACUACCAGCUUGCCCAUGGUCAAUUUCCAUUACUUAAAGCACACGAUGAAGAAGCUAUUCACGCGGUCAAAGGCCGUCGACUUACAACGCAUAUUUCCGACCAUGAACUUGUCUACCAAGUGCGCCUAUUGCACCAAUACACCAAUUCUACCGGUACACGCGGGCUGUCAGCAUAUUUUUUGCUACUACUGUUUGAACGCUCACUUCACCGUGAUGGUCGAGUUUCAGUGUCCCGAGUGUAGCACGCGACUCUACGCUACUAGUAUGAGAACGUACGAAGCCAGUUCCUCGACCUCGAGCAAACGAGAAAUGUCGAGCACGGCAUUUUAA